UCCUCCAAUUUAGCAGUCACCGGUUCGUUAUUUGCAGAUCAUCCAAAACCACAACCAGCACCACCACAUUCCAUGGCGGAGAAACCAAACAACGAUAAUGCAACGGAGAAUGUGGUUGCGUCGGCAAAGAAUACGGACGGCAGUCAGCUGGAUACGACUAAGGCGGAGAGACACGUGUGGCUCAUGAAGUGCCCUCCCGUUGUCUCACGCGCCAUGCAAAACAACCACCUCCCCCAGCCUCCGCCUCCGCCUCUUCCUUUCUCCGCCGAUGGUGCCAAAGACCCUUUCAGUAACUCAGGUCCCAUCGUCGCCAAAGUCAUCGUCUCCGUCGACCCUCUCCUCCCCAAUAACGAUUUCUCUUCCACCCAGUUUACCAUGGAGUUGGCUGGUAACGCAUAUGGAAACAUACCCAAGUGCUACUCCAUGGACAUGUCCACUGAUUUCGUUCCUAUGUCCAUAUUUUCUGAAUCAUCCCAAGGAAAAAAGCUUUCUGUGGAAGGGAAAAUCUAUCACAAAUUCGACAUGAAGCCUCAUAAUGAAAAUAUGGAGGACUAUGCAAAACUAUGUCGGGAAAGGACAAACAAAUAUAUGACUAGAACUAGACAGACACAGUUUAUUGAUGACGAUAGCGAAAUGCACAUGAGGAUGAGGCCUAUGCUCGGGACAGUUGAUUCAAAGCCUUCUGGAUCCUCAGAUAAAAGGAAAAUGCCCAUGAAGGGGUCAGAAAUGAAAAGAACGAGAAGGGACCCUGAAGAAAUGGAAAAGAUCUUGUUUAAGCUUUUUGAAAGACAACCAAAUUGGACGCUAAAACAGCUUAUUCUUGAGACGGAUCAGCCUGAGCAAUUUCUGAAGAACAUGCUUAAACUUCUCUGUAUCUACAAUAACAAGGGAGCCAAUCAAGGAACCUAUGAGCUCAAGCCUGAAUACAAGAGAUCAGAAGACAAAUCAGACUCUCAGUAGGCUUUACCUGUCUUCAGUUUGCAGAAUAAAAACUGCUGGGGACAUGUACAUGAUCAUGAACAAAAUAAUGUCUAGUGCCCUUGCCAAACAUGCCAUCAACAGGAUAUGUUUUGUCUCCCUUUGUAAUUAGUAGAAUUCAAUUCAUUCUUACAUCUGUCAAUUCCUCUCGAGUCCGAGGUCAUGGCAUUCUUGCUUGAAAUAGUUCAUAUCGCCCUUGCUCUGGUUAGGCAAUCUCUUGAUUCUAUUCUUUCUUGUCUAUGGGUACCAUGGCGUAGUUUAUAGUUUGCUGAAAUAUUCUUUU